AUGGAUACGGCACCACCACAGACGCAUGCCAGCAAUGGCAGUGGCAAGCCACACGUGCUUGUCGUGCCGUUCCCAGCACAGGGUCACCUCCCCCCGCUCCUCGACCUCGCGGCGCUGCUCGCUGCGCGCGGGAUCGCGGUCACCGUCGCCGUCACGGCCGGGAACGCCCCUCUGCUCGAGCCUCUUGUCACGGCCUUCCCGUCGGUGGGCACGGUCGUGCUGCCUUUCCCUUCCUCGCCCCUCCUCCCCGCGGGGUGCGGCGAGAACACCAAGGACCAACCAGGACACCUCUUCCGGCCGCUCAUGGCGUCCCUCACCGCGCUCCGCGCGCCGCUCCUCGCCUGGUGCGAGGCCCGGCCCCGCGGCCGCCGCGUGACGGCCGUCGUCUCGGACCUGUUCGCGGGGUGGACGCAGCCGCUCGCCGCGGGGCUCGGCGUGCCGCGCGUGGUGUUCGUGCCCACCAACGCCCUCUACCUCGCCAUGACGCAGUCCCUCUGGCGCCACGUGCCGAGAAGGCGCCGCCCCGACGACGCCGACGAGGAGUUCGCCUUCCCGGAGAUACCCGGCGCGCCGAGAUUCCCGUGGCGCCACCUGUCCUCGCUGUUCCGGAAGCACGUAGCCACCGGCGACGAGGUGUCCGACGCGAUCCGCCAGUUCUUCCUGUGGAACCAGGACUGCGAGUGCUUCGUGGUGAACUCGUUCGCGGCGCUCGAGUCCGACUACCUGGCAUGUGUUGGCAGGCGGGCGUUAGCCGUCGGCCCGCUGUCCGACGCCGUGGGCACCUCCAACGUCGACCGUGGCGGGAAGCCGGCGGUGCCGCCGGCGGAAGUGGCCGCCUGGCUGGACGCGCACGGCGACGGCUCCGUCGUGUACAUCAGUUUCGGGACGCAGCACGCGAUGCCGCCGGCGCAGGCGGCGUGCGUGGCCGACGCGCUAGCGCGGAGCUUGGCGGCGUUCGUCUGGGCGGUGAGGAGCGGCACCGCAGUGCCGGCGGGGUUCGAGGCGGCGACGGCGUCGCGGGGCGUGGUCAUCCGCGGGUGGGCGCCGCAGGUGGAGAUCCUGCGCCACCGCGCCGUGGGGUGGUUCCUGACGCACUGCGGCUGGAACUCGGUGCUCGAGGCGGUGGUGUCCGGCGUGGCGCUCCUCGCGUGGCCCAUCGAGGCCGACCAGUUCACGAAUGCGUGGCUGCUCGCGGAGGCCGGCGUGGCCGUGCCGGUGGCGGAGGGCGCUGACGCCCUGCCCGGCGCCGGCCAGCUGGCGAUCGCGAUCGCCGCGGCGUUCGGGGAGGAGGGGAAGCCCGUGAGGGAUCGCGCGAUGGAGCUCGGCCGGAAGGCGGCGGCGGCCGUGGCGGAGGGUGGGAGCUCGCACGGGGACACGGAAGAGUUGGUGCGCAUGCUCAAUACAGUCGUGUAA